GGAAAUUGGCAGCCAGGGCAAAUCCAGGGGAGCGGUCUGGAGCAGGCGGCUGGGCUGGGCAGGGCAGAAAGCUGCAUUAAACAUCUUUUAUUCCUGAUGAAGGGCUUUUGCCCAAAACUGCACCUCGGAUGCUGCCUGAACUGUUGUGCUCUUCCAGCACCACUAAUCCAGAACCUGGUUUCCAGCAUCUGCAGUCAUUGUUUUUACCUAGUUAAAAACCUUCAGUCUAUCCCGAAUGAGAGGAUACCAGCUCCUUCCGCCUGAGGGUCGACCUGGGUCACCAAGCACCACCAAGCAUCAGGAGCUGGGAAGCCGACCAGACUCAAGUGUGAGACUCGAAAACUGAAAUAGACGGUGGCAUGGGGUUGAGAUGUCCCUGGAAGGACGAGGGAACUUCUGUUGCUAAGAGACUUGCAGCUUCAGGUGAACAACAGAGGGAAACAGAAAGUCGAGUUGUCCGAGCUGAAUUUCCACCCCCUACCUGCAGUGAUGACCUUUGUAAACUCCUUGUGUUGGAAUUAGAAGGGGAGCAUUUCCAGAUGGGAAAUGCAAACCAAGCGCCAGGUCAAGGUCAUCAGAGCCUCAAUGUCAUCCAUUUCUGAAUGUGGAAAGAGAGAUGUUUGUGGGAAAACAUUCUGAGUGUCACUGUGACUGGUGGACACUGACACGGACACCUGAAAGAGACUGUUGCGACAAAAUGUUUUAACUCACCUGAAAAAACCUAACUGAUCGCAGCAGGAAAAACUGUACAUGUGUUCUGUGUGGAUGAGGACUCAACUGAUCAUCCUACCCGGAAAGUCACCAGGGUGCUGGCACCAUGGAGAAACCAUGGAAAUGUGAUGAUUGUGGGAAGGGAUUUAGUUAUCCUUCCCAGCUGGACGUUCACCGGCGCAGUCACACGGGGGAGAAACCGUGGAAAUGUGGAGACUGUGGGAAGGGAUUCAAUUACCCAUCCCAGCUGGGAAUUCAUCAGCGCAGUCACACCGGGGAGAAACCAUGGAAAUGUGGAGACUGUGGGAAGGGUUUCAAUUGCCCGUCCCAACUGGAAACACAUCGACGCAGUCACACUGGGGAAAGACCGUUUGCCUGCUCAGAGUGUGGCAAGGGCUUCACUAAACUGUCCAAUCUCACUGUCCACCAGCGUGUUCACACUGGAGAGAGGCCUUUCACCUGCCCUGUGUGUGGGAAGGGAUUUGCAUUGUUAGCCAGCCUGCAGGGGCACCAGCGUGUUCAUACAGGAGAGAAGCCAUUCAGCUGCACUUCCUGUGGAAAGAGUUUCAGGUAUUCGUCCACACUCAUUGAACACCAGCGAGUUCACACUGGGGAGAGACUCUUCACUUGUACCGAGUGCGGGAAGGGAUUUACUCAGUCAUCCACCCUACUGAGGCACCAGCAGGUUCACGGUGGGGAGAGGCCAUUCACCUGCUCCGAAUGUGGGAAGGGAUUCACACAGUUAUCCCACCUGCUCACGCACCAGCGCAUUCACACCAAUGAGAAGCCCUUCCUCUGCACUCGCUGUGGAAGGAGUUUCAGACAUUCAGGCAGCCUCACCUCACACCAGCGCGUUCACACCGGGGAGAGACCAUUCAGCUGCUCUGUGUGUGGGAAAUCAUUCACCGAGUUAUCCAGCCUCAUUUCUCACCAGCGACUGCACACAGGGGAGAGGCCGUUCAGUUGCUCGGAGUGCGGGAAGGGAUUCACUCAGUUGUCCCACCUACUGUCGCACCAGCGAGUCCACACUGGGGAGAGACCGUUCAUCUGCGCUCACUGUGGAAAACGAUUCAGUCGGUCAUCCACUUUGCAAAAGCACCAGCGGAUCCACACCGGAGGGAAGCCGUUCGCCUGCUCCGAGUGCGGGAGGGCAUUCGCGCAGUUGCCUGACCUUCGGACCCACCGGCGCGUCCACACCGGGGAGAGGCCUUUCACCUGCGCCGAGUGCGGGAAGGGGUUCGUUCAGUCUUCCACUCUGCAGAAGCACCGGCGGGUUCACACCAGGGAGAGGCCGUUCACGUGCUCCAGGUGCGCGAAGAGAUACACUCAGUUAUCCGACCUGCUGAGACACCAGUGGGUGCACACCGGGGAGAGGCCGUUCGCUUGCUCCGAGUGCGGGAAGGGAUUCACUCAGUCCUCCCACCUGCUGAGUCACCAGCGGGUCCACACCGACAGGAGACCUUACAACUGCCCGGACUGCGGGAAGUGCUUCAAAAGAUCUGGGGAGCUGACAUGCCAUCAACUCACUCACACCGGCGAGAGGCCGUUCCGGUGCUCUCACUGUAAGACUGGGUUCAGGCAGUUGUCUGACCUCACUAAACACCAGCGGGUGCACACCGGGGAGAGGCCGUUCGCUUGCUCCGAGUGCGGGAAGGGAUUCACUCAGUCCUCCCACCUGCUGAGUCACCGGCAGGUCCACACCGACAGGAGACCUUUCAGAUGCCCGGACUGCGGGAAGUGCUUCAAAAGAUCCGGGGAGCUGACACGCCAUCAGCUCACUCACACCGGCGAGAGGCCGUUCCGGUGCUCUCACUGCGAGACUGGGUUCAGGCAGCUGUCUGACCUCACCAGACACCAGCGGGUGCACACCGGGGAGAGGCCGUUCUCCUGCUCCGAGUGCGGGAAGGGAUUCGCUGAAUCAGCCCCCCUCUGCUGACACACCGACGCAUUCACACUGGGAAGGGGCUGUUGACCUGCACCAAGUGAGGCAAGAAAGUCACUUGCUCAGCUACCAGGUCACAAUCUCACUCCAGUCGUUGGGUUUCGCCGUUAUUCAAGUCCAGGAGCCCUGUUCGUUGUUGUCUGCUAAGUGUUACAGAACUCUUGCCUAAUUAUACCUGUCAGUAUUCUGGGGGAAAGUCAAAUAAAUCAGACAUGUGCU